AUGGCAGCUCUACUCGUGGGAAUACAGCUAGUGAACGCUAUUGACGACGUUAAAUUUGAUGGUAUCGAGCCAAUUGGCAACAUAUGGGCUACAGCUUCUGAAAACAUGCGACAUGCGCUGCAACUGCCGCUGAAACGCAACGAUGUGGCACUAAACGUCGAGUUGAACACCGACACGUUUAGUAGCGACUCGGGCGAUGUCUCGUUUGGCUCCGGAUUUUAUCCUGAAGGAUAG